AUGAUUACAGUUCUUGCACCAGACUUGACACCAAGCCAUGCAGGUUUGAUCGCUGUCAUAGCUAUUGUCGUGGUACAUCUCUUCCUUCGACUACGUUAUGCCGCGAAAGUGAGGAGGGCUGGGGGCAUGCAUGCACCCAGCCUGGCAAGAGAUCCCUUCACUGCCCUCAGCUGGAUGCUGAGAAUUGGACGCGCCCAAGUUCAGAACAGAAUUCAUGAAGCAUUCCGGGAUAUGUUCCAAAAUUACACAACAUCCCAGAUUCCUAACGCUGUGGAGAUUAAUCUUAGUGGGACCCGACGUUACAUCUUCACACAAGAGCCAUCACACAUCAAGACAAUACUUACCGGAAAGUUUGGAGCAUUCGGGAAGGGCGAGGAUUUCCACAGGGUGUGGAAACCAUUUCUAGGCGAUUCCAUAUUUACUACAGAUGAACAGCAGUGGCAAGAGAGUCGUAGCCUGAUUCGGCCAAUGUUCGUUAAAACUCGUCUGAAUGAUGUGGCCAUAUUUGAAAAAUGCACGGAGGUUAUGCUGAGUCAGUUUCCACCGCCUGGCACUACCUUCGAUAUCCAGGAUCUAUUCUACAGAAUGACAAUCGACACAAUUACGGCUUUUCUAUUAGGAGAGAGUGUCGGGAGCCUCGAAAAUCCACGAAACGAAUUCGCCGCAGCCUUUUCCGAGGUCCAGCGAGAUCAAAUGACGUUUCAGCUUCUAAUGCCGGUCGAAAAAUUUAUCCCUCGCGGCAGGUACAAACGUGGUAUCAAGGUCAUGGAAAAUUUCAUUGCCCCAUUCGUUGAAAAGGCCUUAUUGCUGCGGGAUGAUGAGCUUGAGAAUAUGUCGAAAUCUGACAACAAUUUCACGUUCCUGCAUGCCCUCAUAAGCCACACCCGCAAUCCGACUGUAAUCAGGGAUCAGAUCAUGUCUGUGCUGCUUGCUGGCAGGGAUACCACCGCGGCGACCAUGUCCUGGUGCUUGUAUGAAUUGGCACGCAACCCUAAAGUUUAUACCAAGAUUCGAGAAGAGGUGAUCGCUAGUUGCGGGACUUCUAGGGCGCCAAAUUAUGAGGAGCUGAAAAAUAUGAGGUACCUCAACCAUACGUUGAACGAGACAUUGCGGCUGUAUCCAGCAGUACCGAUCAAUGUUCGCUCUGCCAAAACAGACUCUUCGCUAGCUGGACCAAAUCCUUCGCAUCCAGAUAUUACCGUCGUCGCUGGAGACACCAUCUUUUAUUCUACAUUUCUGAUGCAAAGACGUCCUGAUCUCUAUCCACCGCCAUCUUCGACAUUCGCUCCUGUCGACCAAUUCUCUCCAGAUAGAUGGGAGCACUGGCAACCGAAACCCUGGCAGUUCGUUCCGUUCAAUGGCGGACCUCGGAUCUGUAUCGGACAGCAAUUUGCUCUUGUAGAGAUGGGAUUUGUAUUAUCGCGGAUGAUGCAACGUUACGAACGAAUCGAAUCAAGAGACUGUUCCGGUGGGCAAUUUCAGAAGGUUGAGGUGGUGGGGUGCCCAGGCCGAAGUGUGAAGAUUGCUGCAUUCUAA